AUGUCCAGUUCUGGUAAAAUGGACAUCUAUGCAGAGAUUGCUUCCCUCAAUCUCAAUAGGGAGCAAAAGUCUAUCCUACUCUACUACCUCACUGAAAAUAGCGAAGCCGAAGCUAGAGCGGAGAAAGCCUUCACUGCCUGCAACAAUGAUGAGGAGAAACAUGACUACCUAAACUUAGUCUUGGCUUCCCUCGAUAACAAAAACACUGCAAAGUCUCGUUCAAUCGAAAAUGAAUCGAUCAACUCCGUCGCUAAUUCGUAA